GGAGACUCUUCCCACUUGGAAAGAGGCUCGCCGACGCGUCUGGGAACCAAAAACCCGCGGAGCUCUCCGACUUCAACACCGGACCACAUCACUCUCCCUUUUUCUCUCAGGUCGGAGGUCCACGACUGAGACUUUAACCUGGUUUCUAUUUUUUAUUCUUAAACCAACAAAGGAAAUUCAACUGUCUCCUCUUUAGCUUCAUUCAUGUGCUGCUGAGCCAGAAGAAGCUGAAGAUGAAGAGCAGGCUUUCUCUGGCCGCGGCUGCCCUCCUGGCACUGCUGCUGCUGUGCUUCACUCAGGCCCAGAGUCAAGUCGACCCUCCGUCAGAUUUGAGGUUUAAGAUUUUAAAUGAGAACACGGUGCAAAUGAUCUGGAGUGGACCACAGACGAGGAUACAGGGCUACAGGAUACAAGUGACCUCAUCCACAGAAGAACCAACAAAAGAAUUUACUCUGACUGCAUCUGCAACUAAGACCACCAUCUCAGACCUGAUUCCAGAUGUGGAUUAUGUAGUAACAAUAUCUGCGUACACUGGAUCAGAGGAGAGUCUACCCAUCUCCGGCCAGAUCACAAUCGAGUCCAGUGGCAGCUCAAGAGGAACUCCCAGGAAACCAGACGCUUCAGACUCAGUCAAAUGCUCCUUCAGUGCCAUCGCCGAUGUCGUCUUUUUGGUGGACGGCUCCUGGAGUGUGGGCAGGCCCAACUUCAAAUACAUCCGCAACUUUAUCUCAGCCACAGCCGGCGCCUUUCAGAUCGGAGAGGACAAAACGCGGGUGGGCGUGGUCCAGUACAGCAGCGACGCCCGGACCGAGUUCAACCUGAACAGACACCUGACCCGACCGGCGCUGCUCCGAGCCAUCGGCUCUCUGCCGUUCAAGGGAGGAGAAACAAAGACAGGCGACGCCCUCAACUACCUCUUGACAAACACGUUCACGGAGGAGGCCGGCAGCAGGAGCGCUUUCCCCAAAGUGCUGGUGAUCAUCACGGACGGCAAAUCUGAGGACCCAGUGGAGAGUUACGCCAAGCAGCUCAGGAGCAGGGGGGUGGAGAUCUUUGUCCUCGGCAUACAACAGGCUGAUCCAGAGGAGAUGAAGCUAAUGGCCUCCACUCCUUACAGGAGACACGUCUUUAAUGUCGCCAACUUUGACAUGAUGAAGAAUGUGCAGAAAGACAUCAUUGUCCAGGUGUGCGCUGGUGUUGACGACCAACUCAACUCACUGGUCAGCGGAGAAGAAGUUGUUGAGCCCGCCUCGAACCUCCAAGUCCUUGAGGUGGCCUCAAAGUCCAUACGAGUGACAUGGACAGCCUCCAUCGGAGAAGUCUCUGGAUACAAGGUGCAGAUGAUCCCCAUGAUGACCGGCAGCAAGCGGCAGGAGCUUUACGUGGGCCCAGGUCAGACCUCGGUGGUGGUCAGAGACCUUUCUCCUGACACAGAGUACCAGAUCAGUCUGUACGCUCUGAAGGGCCUGACGCCAAGCGAUCCUGUCAUGGUCAUGCAGAAGACACAGCCGGUUAAAGUAUCAGUGGAAUGUUCUCUUGGUGUGGACGUUCAAGCCGAAGUCGUCCUCCUGGUAGACGGAUCCUAUAGCAUCGGUCUGGCUAACUUUGCUAAAGUCAGAGCUUUCCUGGAGGUGCUGGUGAACUCCUUUGACAUUGGGCCAAAUAAGGUCCAGAUAAGUUUGGUCCAGUACAGCAGGGAUCCCCACACUGAGUUCUACCUAAACACCCAUCAUGACCUACCUGCUGUGGUCAAGGCGGUGAGGACUUUCCCGUACCGCGGAGGCUCCACCAACACCGGCAGGGCCAUGACCUACGUGAGAGAUAAGAUCUUUCUGGAUGUCAGAGGAGCGCGCCCCAAUGUCCCCCGUGUCACCAUCCUCAUCACUGACGGGAAGUCAUCGGAUGCCUUCCAGGAUCCAGCCACUAAACUGAGGAACUCUGAUGUGGAGAUCUUUGCUGUGGGUGUAAAGGACGCUGUUCGUUCUGAGCUGGAGGCCAUUGCUAACACACCCGUGGAGACCCAUGUGUACACCGUAGAGGACUUUGAUGCCUUUGAGAAAAUUUCCAAAGAACUCACACAGUCCAUCUGCCUGAGGAUCGAGCAAGAACUUCGCAAAAGAAGAUUUCUCCAACCACGGGCGCUGUCCUUCUCAGAGGUUGGCCCAAGAAGCUUCAGGACUUCCUGGGAGAUGGAUGCCAGCUCAGUCGAGUCCUUUUUGGUUCAGUUCAGGCCAGCAGCUGAAACCAAUGGUCAUUACGUGUCCAUGUCUGUGCCCGGGGACACGCUCACCGCCCUCCUCCCCAACCUCACCCCAAUCACACACUAUGAAGUCAAUGUUUAUGCACAGUAUGACAAAGGGGACAGCUCGCCUGUGACCGGCUAUGAAACUACUUUAGAAGAGCUCGGCUCUGUGCAGGACCUGAAAGUGUCAGAAGAGACCACAGAGAGCUUCAGGGUGUCAUGGCAGCCAGCUCCUGGAGCCGUCACUCGCUACAGGUUGACAUACGAACCCGUCGGGGACGAGAGGACCAGGGUGGAGACUGCUACUGUGGGAGCAGAGACGACCAUCGUGCUUCUGGGGCUCCUGCCUAAAACCACCUACAGGGUCACCGUCAGCCCUGAGUACAGUUCUGGAUCUGGAGUGCCUCAGCAGAUUGAUGGCACCACCAAAGAAGUCCGCGGUUCCCCACGUGACCUGAGGGUUUUCGACGAGACCACGUCCUCCAUGAAGGUCUCCUGGGAGGCGGCGCCGGGGAACGUGCUGCAGUACCGCGUGGCGUACAGACCGAACGCCGGUGGCACCAGGAAGGAACUGUCCGUCAAGGGCAACAACACGGCCAGCGUCCUGAAGAACCUGCAGCCGGGCACCCAGUACGACGUCUUCGUCAGCGCACGAUACCAGUCCGGCCUGGGCGACGCCUUGGAAGGACGAGGCACCACGCUAGAAGAGGGAGGCCCCCCCACAAACCUGGUCACCAGCGACGUGACCGACACCAGCUUUGCGGUGUCCUGGACGGCAGCGCCGGGGAAUGUCAAGAUGUACCGGGUCCGAUGGAAGUCUCUGUUCUCUGAGGAGGCUGGAGAGAAAACGGUGGCGGGAGACGUGACCAACACCGUGCUGGACGGUCUGACUCCUGAGACCCUCUACCAAGUGUCUGUGGUCGCCGCCUACGGUCACAAAGACAGCGAGCCGCUCACGGGACAGGAAACUACUGAUGCCUCUGCUGCUGGUAAAAAAUUGACCGUGUCGGACGAGACUGAGCGAACCAUGAAGGUCACAUGGAUGCCGGCACCAGGCAAGGUGGUAAACUACCGGCUGAAGUAUGCUCCCAUUGGUGGAGGGAAAGAGGUGAUCCUCAGGAUCCCUGGGACAUCCACUUCCACCGUCAUGAAGCGCCUGCAGCCAAUGACGACCUACGACAUCAUCGUUCACCCCAUCUACAAGCGCGGGGAAGGAAAAGCAAGGCAAGGAGUAGGAACGACACUGUCGCCAUACAAGGCUCCCAGAAACCUCCAGACCUCAGAGCCAACCAAGACCAGUUUCAGAGUCACCUGGGAUCCAGCGCCUGGAGAUGUUAGGGGCUACAAAGUUACCUUUCACCCCAGUGGAAAUGAUGUGGACCUGGGUGAACUCCUGGUCGGUCCUUACGAUAACACCAUCGUUCUAGAGGAACUCAGGGCAGGAACAAAGUACACAGUUUCUGUGUUUGGGAUGUUUGAGGGGGGAGAGAGCAUGCCCCUGGCUGGAGAGGAGAAUACGACCCUCAUGGACAGUCCUGAUCCGCCUCCUGUCGAUCCCUCUGAGACUCAGUGUAAGACCAAGGCCAGGGCCGACAUUGUGCUGCUGGUCGACGGCUCCUGGAGUAUCGGCCGCAUCAACUUCAAGACCAUCCGCAACUUCAUCGCCCGUAUGGUCAGCGUGUUCGACAUCGGCCCUGACACAGUUCAGAUUGGUCUUGCUCAGUACAGCGGAGACCCAAAGACUGAGUGGCACCUGAACUCCCACCCAACCAAAGAGUCCCUGAUGAACGCAAUCGCCAACCUGCCGUACAAGGGAGGCAACACCAUGACAGGAUUGGCUCUGAACUACAUCCUGCAGAACAACUUCAGGCCUAACGUAGGGAUGCGAGAGGACUCCCGGAAAAUAGGCGUCCUCAUCACUGACGGAAAGUCCCAGGACGAAAUCAUCAUGAAGUCACAGAGCCUGAGGGACAGCGGUAUUGAGCUCUACGCCAUCGGCGUGAAGAACGCUGACGAGAACGAGUUGAGGUCCAUCGCCACCGACCCCGACGAGAUUCACAUGUACAACGUCAACGACUUCCAGUUCCUGCUGACCAUCGUCGACGACCUCACCACUAACCUGUGCAACAGUGUCAAGGGUCCAGGAGGUGAAGAAGUGGAGGUACCCGAGGCACCCACCAACCUGGUGACCUCAGAGGUUACCCACCGCUCCUUCCGUGCCACCUGGACGCCACCCGGCCGCACCGUCGACAUGUAUAAAGUCACUUAUACGGCUGUGGAUGGAGGAGCCACCCAGGAGCUGCUGGUCGACGGCUCAGUGACGACCACAGUCCUGGAAGGCCUGACCCCUCUGACCGAGUACGUGGUGAAUGUUUACUCUGUGUAUGACGAGAUGACCAGCGAGCCAUUGAAGGGCACCGAGACCACCUUGCCCCUGUCUGCAGCGAAGAACAUGAAUGUUUACGACGAGACCUCCACCACCAUGAAGGUGAGAUGGGGGGAGGCUGAAGGUGCCACAGGCUACAUGCUUCUGUACAGAUCCAUCAACGCCUCCGAGCCACAGCUGGAGAUGGAGGUUCGUGUUAGUGGUGAGGUGACAAACGUCCUGCUGGAGAAGCUGAUACCCAACACAGCCUACGCCAUCAAACUGUUCGCCCUGCACGGAGAGACUCCCAGCGAUCCUCUGGAUGGAACCGGAGUCACCUUGCCCAGGCCUCCCGCUGGAGUCCUGAGAAUCUCGGAUGUGACUCACAGCACCAUGAGGCUCAACUGGGACGCUGCUCCUGGAGCGGUCCGCAAGUACAUCAUCAACUAUAAACCAGAAGAAGGAGACCUGAAGGAGGCUGAAGUGGACGGUGGCACCACCACCCUGGAUCUUUCCAGCCUGAUCUCCCAGACUGAGUACGAUGUGGCCGUCACCCCGGUCUAUGACGAGGGACCUGGCACUGUGAUGCUCGGGAGCGCCAUCACAGAUGUCGUUCCUGCUCCAAAGAACCUGCAGUUCUCUGAGGUGACGCAGAGCUCGUUCAGGGCCACAUGGGAACACGGAGCCCCGGAUGUGGCCCUCUAUCGGAUCGGCUGGACCAAGAAGGGGGAGACCAACUUCCAGUUUGCCAUCCUGAAUAGCGAUGAGACCUCCCACGUUCUGCCAAACUUGGACCCAGACACCGAGUACGGGGUCACCGUCACAGCCAUCUACCCUGACGAGUCAGAGAGUGAGGACCUGAUGGGAAGCGAGCGUACAUUGUUGACCUCUGCAGAGGUGCUUCCCGAGCCUCCUCGUAACUUGAGGGUUUUCAACGCCACCAUCUCCUCGCUGACGGUGAAAUGGGACGCAGCCCCCGGCCCUGUCCAGAACUACAAGAUCACUUACAAAUCCCUGGUUGGAGGCGAGCCUCUCACGGCUCAGGUGGGAGGGAAGAAGACCAGCCUCAUCCUGCAGAAGCUGGACCCUGACACUCAGUACUCCGUCAGCGUGGCCGCCAUGUACCCGACAGGCUUCAGCAAAGACAUCUCUGGAGAAGGACAAACCAAGCCUCUGGGUGGCGUCAGGAACCUGCAGGUGCUGAACCCCACCAUGACCACCCUGAACGUGCGCUGGGAGCCGGCUGAGGGCCGAGUGAAGGAGUACAAGGUCCUCUACGCUCCUGCUGCUGGAGGAGCCGAAAGCAUGGUAGGACUGGAAACGGUGACCGCAGGAACAACCAACACCAUGCUGCGAGGCCUGCAGCCCGACACCCUCUACAGCGUGUCUCUGGUGCCCGUUUACGCUGCAGGAGACGGAAAGACCAUGUCUGAAAAUGGAAGGACAAGGCCACUGGGAGGAGUGAAGAACCUGGUGGUGACGGACCCCACCAUGACUUCUCUGGCUGUGAACUGGGAACCUGCUGAUGGAGCCGUUCGCCUGUACAAGGUGUUCUAUGUACCUGUGGCCGGCGGCCUGGAGGAGAUGGAACAAGUCCCCACUGGCACCACCUCCAUCAUCCUCAGGAACUUAAUGCCCGACACGCCGUACACUGUGUCGGUGUUACCAGUCUACCCAGCAAGAGAGGGAAAACGCCAGUCAGAGAACGGGAAGACAUUGCCUCUGGCAGGAAUCGGCAACAUGAAGGUGACCAAACCGACCAUCACCACUCUCACCGUCACCUGGAAUCCAGCCGAUGGGAAUGUUCAGGGCUACAAAGUCAUCUACGUCCCUACCGAUGGAGGGAUGGAGAUUGUGGAGCAAGUGUCAGAGAGCACCACCACAACCGUCCUGGAGAAGCUUCUACCAAACACCCGCUACACCGUCACUGUGGUCCCCGUCUACGCUGAGGGAGACGGACCCAGUCUGACCGACAAUGGGAAGACAAGGCCGCUGGGCUUUGUGAAGAACCUGCAGGUGACCGAUCCCACCACCAGCACCCUGAACGUCCGCUGGGAGCCCGCCGAGGGUAAUGUGCGCGAGUACAUCGUGAUCUGGGUGCCCGCUGCUGGAGGAGAACAGGAAGUGGACCAGGUGUCCGGGUCCACCACCUCCACCGUCCUGAAGAACCUGGAGCCGAACACCGAGUACACCGUCAGCCUCGUGCCCGUCUACCACGAGAUGGAGGGCAAAUCUCAGUCUGCAAACGGGAAAACGAAUCCGUUGGGCGGCGUGAAGAACUUGCAAGUGGUCGACCCGACCAUCAGCACACUGACAGCCCGCUGGGAUCCAGCCGUGGGAAAUGUUCGCAGCUACAAGGUCUUCUACGCAGCUGAACCAGGAGGCGAAGAGCGGAUGGAGGAGGUUUCAGGAGGCACCACCAGCACCAUCCUCAGGAACCUGGAGACGGACACCGUCUACAAUGUGGCUGUUGUUCCGGUUUACCCGGACGUGCAGGGCAUUCGACAGGCAGAGAAGGGAAAGACAAAGCCUCUGGGUGGAGUGAAGAAUCUGCAGGUGAGCGACCCCACCACCAACUCCCUCAGGGUUCGCUGGGAGCCGGCCGAGGGCGACGUCAGGCAGUACCAGAUCAUCUACGUCCCCACAGGCGGAGGAGCUGAGAGCGUGACUCAGGUUUCAGGAAUGUCCACCAACACGGUGCUGAGAGAACUGAAGCCGGACACCGAGUACAAAGUGACGCUGGUGCCCAUCUACGCCGACGUGGAGGGAAAACGCUCGACUGAGAACGGAAAGACAAAGGCGCUCGGAGGAGUGAAGAACCUGCAGGUCACCGAACCCACCACCAGCUCCCUGAAGGUGCGCUGGGAGCCGGCGGAGGGCAACGUCCGCCAGUAUCGCAUCUUCUACGUCCCCGCAGCGGGAGGAGCCGAGGACAUGGAGCAGGUGUCCGGCGGCACCACCAACACCGUCCUGAGAAGCCUGCUGUCAGACACUCCCUACACCGUCACCGUGGUUCCAGUGUACCCCGAGGGAGAAGGUCAGCGCCAGGCCGACAAAGGAAAGACACUCCCACGCACGCCACCCAAGAACAUCCAGGUGUACAACCCCACCCCCAACAGCCUGAACGUUCGCUGGGAGCCCGCCUCAGGCCAGGUUCAGCAGUACCGGGUGACUUACUCCUCCCUGACUGGAGCCAGACCCAGCGGGACGGUCAUGGUUCCGGGAACUAUUACCAACGCCUUCCUGGACAACCUGAUCCCAGACACCCCCUACUCGGUCUCUGUGAAGGCUCUGUACGCCGACGGGGAGGGGUCGCCAAUCAAAGGCAACGGCAAAACACUGCCCCGUGGCGGUCCCAGGAACAUGCGUGUGUUUGACGCCACCACCAGCACCCUCACCCUCGGCUGGGACCACGCAGAGGGUCCUGUGAGGCAGUACAAGAUCGCCUACGCCCCGCUGACCGGAGACCCCAUCACUGAGUUUGCCACAGUUCCAGGAAACAGAAACAACGCCCGGCUGCAGAAUCUGCUCCCUGACACGCCGUACAACAUCACCGUGGAGGCCGUGUACGCCGAGGGCCCCGGAGGGUCGCUCAACGGAAACGGACGUACAGUCGGCCUGUUGAGUCCCAGAAACCUUCGGGUCUCAGACGAGUGGUACACCCGCUUCAGAGUGGCCUGGGACGCCGUGCCGGCUCCCGUCCAGGGGUACAGACUGAUCUACUCUCCUGCAGGCUCUCAACAACCCCCCGUAGAUUUCUUUGUGGGCGACGUGACCUCUUACACUCUGCACAACCUGCUGCCUGGAACCACCUACGACCUUAAAGUGGUCGCUCAGUACACCGGCGGCAUGAGCGGACAGCUGCCUGGACAGGGAACAACACUCUACCUGAACGUCACCAACAUCGAGACCUACGACGUCGGCCACGACAAGUUCUGCAUCAAAUGGAAUCCUCACAGGGCGGCGACAUCCUACCGCAUCAAACUCAACCCCGUGGACCCCUCCAGUAAAGGAGCUCAUGAGAUCACCAUCGCCGCUGGUCUUCCUCAGCACUGCUUUGACGGACUCUCGCCUGACGCCCUCUACACCGCCACCGUCUUCGUUCAGACGCCCAACCUGGAAGGUCCAGGAGUCAGCGCCAAGGAGAGAACAUUGGUGAAGCCAACGCCAGUUCCAACGCUCCCGCCAACACCGGCCCCUCCUCCCACCAUCCCCCCACCAUGGGCAGUUUGCAAAGGAGCCAAAGCAGACUUGGUGUUCCUCAUCGACGGCUCGUGGAGCAUCGGCGAGGAGAGCUUCACCAAAGUCGUCAACUUCGUCUCCGGUAUGAUCGGCGCCUUCGACGUGGUCGGACCCUCAGGGAUGCAGGUGUCGUUCGUGCAGUACAGCGACGAGGCAAAGACCGAGUUCAGACUGAACGCGUAUCAGGACAAAGGCAUCUUAAUGUCUGCCGUCAAUCAGAUCCGCUACAGAGGAGGAAACACCAAGACAGGAAUCGCUCUGAAGCACACGUACGAGAAAGCCUUCUCUGUUGAAAAUGGAAUGAGGAGAAAUGUACCAAAGGUGGUCGUGGCGAUCACAGACGGGCGCUCUCAGGACGAAGUGAAGAAGAGCGCCGCUAAGCUGCAGCAUGCAGGUUACAGUGUUUUUGCCAUCGGGGUCGCCGACGUGGACUUUGUGGAGCUGCAGGAGAUCGGCAGCAAACCGAGCGACCGACACGUCUUUGUUGUGGACGACUUUGACGCUUUUGACACCAUCAAAGAAAACCUGAUCACCUUCAUUUGUGAAACUGCAUCAUCAUCGUGUCCCCUGAUCUUCCUGAAUGGAUUCACUUCACCUGGCUUCAGGAUGCUGGAGGCGUUCAACCUGACAGAGAAGACCUACAGCUACAUGAAAGGCGUCUCCAUGGAGCCGGGCUCCUUCAACAGCUUCACAGCAUACAGACUCCACAAGAACGCCUUCCUGACACAGCCCACAACAGAGAUCCACCCUGACGGUCUCCCCCACGCCUACACCAUCAUCCUGAUGUUCCGCCUCCUCCCCGACUCGCCCAAGGAGGCCUUCGACAUCUGGCAGGUGUCGAGCAAAGACAACAAGCCAGAGACCGGCCUCACCAUCGACUCCUCCAGCCAGACUGUUUCCUUCUACAACAAAGACGAGCGAGGUGAGAUCCAGAGGGCCACGUUCGACAGCGAGCCGGUGAAGAGGAUGUUCCACGGAAGCUUCCACAAGCUGCACAUCCUGGUCUCAUCCACGGGCGUCAAACUCAACGUGGACUGCCAAGAGGUGGCUGAGAAGGAGAUCAAGGCCGCUGGAAACACGUCCGGCGAUGGCUACCAGGUCCUGGGCAAGAUGUCCAAGUCCAUCGGAUCCAGAGGAGAGUCAGCGACUUUCCAGCUCCAGAUGUUUGAUAUCGUCUGCAGCUUGGGCUGGACCAGCAGGGACAGAUGUUGUGACCUCCCAUCCAUGAGAGACGAGCUGAAGUGUCCGUCUCUUCCCAACUCCUGCACCUGCACCUCAGCUGAGGCCAACGGGCUGCCAGGGCCUCAGGGACCAGUGGGCGCUCCUGGCAGCAAAGGUCCUCGAGGGGAAAGAGGAGAGGCCGGUGUUGUUGGAGCCGUCGGCCCGCGGGGGGAGAACGGACCACCAGGGCCCAUGGGUCUGCCCGGCCCUCAAGGACCCAUCGGCCUGUCGAUCCCUGGAGAGGCUGGCCGUCCUGGACCAAAGGGAGACUCCGGAGACUCUGGCUUACCUGGACAGAAAGGUUCAACUGGUCCUGCUGGUUCUGUCGGCCCGAUCGGACCAGCUGGAGUGAGGGGCCCUCAAGGAAAAGAAGGAACGGCCGGACCCAGAGGUCCCGCAGGGCCCAUGGGACCUCCUGGAUCUCCUGGACAAUCAGGAGCUGCAGGAAAACCAGGAAACCCCGGAGACAGCGGCGUCCCUGGUGCUAUCGGUCAAAAGGGAGACAGGGGAGAGAGAGGUGAAUUUGCUCCUCAGAACAUGAUGCGAUCCAUCGCCAGACAAGUUUGCGAGCAGCUAGUGAACGCACAAAUGACUCGAGUCAACACAUUACUGAACCAGAUCCCUAACGGCAAUUACCGCAGCAACAACCCGGGUCCACCAGGACCUUCAGGACCUCCUGGCAGGCAGGGACCCCGUGGAGAGCCCGGCGGCGCAGGAACGAACGGCUUCCCUGGAAAUCCAGGUUCACCCGGCCAGCCGGGAGAGAGAGGUCCCGCAGGAGAAAAAGGUGAACGAGGAUUGUCAGGAGUCGGACAGAAAGGAUCGAGAGGACCUGCUGGUCCACCAGGAGAAAGCAGGACAGGCUCCCCAGGCUCUCCAGGCUCCUCCGGAGUUCGCGGUCCCCCCGGACGUCCUGGAUACGCCGGAAUCCGCGGGCCUCCUGGACCUCCUGGUUACUGCGAUUCUUCUCAGUGUGUCGGUAUUCCUUACAACGGGCAAGGAUACGGAGGUUCACGAUAGUAAACUUUCUAUGCCGCCUGUGCUGCUUUCACUGAACAAACAAAAAAAGUCCUGUAACUGAAACACUCGCUCACACGCUCUUGAGCUGUUUAAAGGAUAAAACACCAAAAGGAAACCAUUAACAAACUUUGCUGAAAAAAACAACACAACAAAAGAGGGAAACCACUACUAACAUCGACUCACAUCCAGUAGAACAGAAACCCUGCAGCAGCAGCAGCAGCAGCAGCGCUGAUGGCAUCGACCUGUUUAGUGGCCUGUUUGCAUCUUGACGCCAAAGACCAAACAAAGAAAUGUUCAGUGGAGGAGCAUGCACCAAACAACAACAACAAACAACCCAAACAAAUACUAACAAAGGUGGAUUUGUAACAGAGAAACAAAGUGCAUCUCCAGCAGCAUCACCAGCAUCACCAGCAGCACUUCUCUCUCUCUCAUGGUGGAACGUGUAAAUAAACCCAUUGUGCCUUGUAAAUGAUGUUUGAAUCAUGUCCACUGCAUUUAGCCUUUAACAUCUGCAGUUAUUCAAGCUUGUGCUAUGCAAACAACAACCUGCUGCUUGCUGAAUGCCACCAGAAGCUGCCCGUGUGUUUGUAGCUGAACUGCUCGGGGGCCAUUCUCAAUCCCUCCUGCUCAUUUGACGCCGAGGUUUAGACGCCCCUCCUUCAUAUCAAAAACACGAUAUCUUGCAUUUCCUGUUUUUACUUGUACUAACCAUCCCAGAGAAGAGUCUCCAGGCUGCUUUGAUGUUUUUUUUGUUUUCAAUCUGUAACACCUGCACUUCUACCACGAGUAAAGAGGAAACGAUUAAAAGCACUGCGAUGUUUACCGGGGGCGUGUUCAACGACGUCAAGUCAUGGUGCUCAAAACGCCGAACAAAAACAUGAAACCACAUGUGAACCAUGUGUGAGGAUGAGAUGUCGCCUGACGGGGAUAAAAAAGCUCUCUGUAAAAGGUCGUUAUGGCUUUAGUCUAUCCGUAGUCAGGACGGGCAUUUCAAGCUCAAAUAGGAUUUGUUAAUCACCAGGAACUAUUCGGCGCCUCACAGCUGGUCGUGUCUCGCGUGUCCUGUGACCACUUGCAUUCAGAGGUCACGUUCUCGCUUCUUAUGGAAACGACUACAAACUGUGAUGCAACAGCGAGAGGGAGAAAUGCACUCUGGUGUACGAGUGGUUCAGGGAAGCGGAGGAGCACAGUCUGAUGUGCUGACAUGAAACUCUGAUCGAUCAUGAAGCCCGAUGUUCCUCGACCGCCCUGCGGGUCAUCAGUGAGGGAAUGAAGUAUUUGUUAACAGUGUAAAAACAAAGACAGACUAAAGGAUCCACAACACGGCUGCACAAUAAUGGAAAAAAACAAAGAAUCUUGUCUGAAUCGUCUAUCUGAAAAACAUCUGAAAAUCUAACCAGAUACAUGUUCUUAACGAUGUUCAACAUUUCCAAAACAAAACAAAGUUCAUUAAAUAAGCACAAAAGUGAACAUUUAGCCGUGACUCUCUAACUCGCAGGUUCUGUUUGUAACGUCACUCCUGAAGAUAAAUCCAAAAAGCUUUUUUUAACCGCUCGAUUAGCCUCUGACGGUAGCAGAUAGCUACUUAGCUUCAUCUGUCUGCCUUAAAAAACAUGAGAAAGCAUCGUUAUCAUACCCACGUCUCCUUCCAACAGGUAAAAUGUACACAUGAAAUAUUAGCUUCUCUAAAUACUAUAAAUGUUUUUUAAAUGUUAAACUACUUCAGACUUUUACGAUGUUUAUUGUGAAUAAUCUUAUUGUGAUAACGUUAACAUAGCGAUUUAUUGUGCAGCCCUGUUCUGCCACAUUAACACAAAGAUCCAUGUUAAGAAACAUCAAUAUCCUUAUCUGCACUGUGCUGUGUUAUUAUGAAGUCUGACAAAGUGAUCAUAGAUCACAGAAUGACCCACACCGUCUCACCCUCCUCCUUAAUCAACACGGAGAGAAAACGACCUGAACUUAGAUUUAAGAUAAAUUAAUGACUUUUCAAAUAUUGAAAAAUCCUGACCCCUCCCUAUGAUGUGUAGUACAAACUGAUAAGCUCCCACAUUCAAGCCGACGUUUAAAACCCUGAGAGCCGAUCACGAGAAUCUCUUCUGAUCUUUGGACACGCCCCCGAUCAUUACUAACCCUCUGAGUGUUUACGCCAGACGUCACUGGUGCAUGUUAACAAAAAAAAAAAGUGAAAGAACUUGCCAACUUACGGCCCCAACACUAUCUCCGAAGCAGGCCAAUACCCUUCUGAACCCAACCCCCGAGUAGUCCCAGUCCCCGAAGAGGAGGAGGAGGAGGAGUUCCAAAACCAGCGUCGAAAGAGAUCACUAUCAAGAAGAGCAGCCAAAAGGCUAACAUCAUAAUGUUCUCAUUUUCUUUUCUUGUUCAACCUGUGUUUGUUGUUGGAUUUAUGCACAUUAUACACUAAAACAAAAAGGGGUUUGACACCUCGAUUUGAUUGGAAAUUACCCUUUAAAUGCCUUAAAAUGUGUGUGUGAAUAUUCCUUUACCGGAAGAGGAAGGGUUUGGAUCGAGGGCGGGAAGGAAACUUUUUAAAAAUGUCAAGAAAACAAAGUUAACACAAACCUGUGAGCUUUUCUUUUUCCCCACUCUUGUGUCUUGUGCUUGUACCAUAUUUUGCAUCAGGUGUGUGUGAAGCAGCAGUGUUGAACAGUGCGUUAGUGUAGCUAAAGAGGAAGACGGCGUCGCAGCAUGACGCUCACAGUUCAUCCAGUAUUUGAUUCAAUCUCUUCUCAGUGUUUUCUAAGGAGGUUCAGCUUCAUGUAACACGGCUUUCAUUUUGUAUCUCUAGACUUUAAUAUUUAUCAGUUUGACUUUUUACUCCGUCACAGCUCAUUUUAACAAAAAAACGUGGAAUUGCAUGUCUGUGGUGUAUAUUUAGUACAUGUUGUUUUUUUUUGGUUACAUUUCAUUUUUGUUUUAAUCAGAAUAUAGUUGUUGUUGUCGUCAAUCUUGUCAUUUUUCUCAGUAUCAGAAGCAGUCAGUGCGAGACUUUGGGAACAGUGUAGCUGCUUCAUGUUUGAACUGCAGAUUGUGAAUUCCACAGCCUUAUUUUCUUAUUUAUUUCUGAGAACAGAAGAGGCAUUUUUCAAUAAAACUACUGAAAAUUUA